AUGCUCCUCAACUGCCUCUAUAAUGCUGGCAAUGAUUCGAAACCCGCCUUGAAGAAGGAGAGCCUCAGUCUCCUUGCUGUUCUCUAUGCAGUGCACUCGGAUCCUUGUUCGACCUACUUGACAAAAAUAAUUGCCCACAUUGUGAAGAAGCUCAAGGACUCAGAUUCACCUUUGCAUGCGUUUCAAAAGCUCUGCUCAAUGUUACUGUUCUGCGGUGGAGGUGGUGGUUGUGUUUAUGGAUUUAUGGGAUUUAUUGGCGUUGUCGCCUUGCAGAAGCCAGAAGUAGCCGCAGAAGCAUUAAUGGUUAGGCGUAAUCCAAAAAUGGGAUUUGGUUUUCUUGGUUCUUUUUUUAUUCUAACACUGUUCUUUAAGCCUUUGGUUUCUCAACAACCCAAUACGGACGGGUCAUUUAUCUUUGAUUUCUUGCAAAAAAUGUACUCAGAUUCUUCCGAAGAUUAUGACUUUUCUGGCCCUUUUUGUUCAUGGAGAGGUGUGUUUUGUGAUGCCAAAAGAGAGAAUGUUGUGAAAUUGGAAGUAACUGGUUUGGGUUUAUCUGGUGUAAUUCCUGAUGACACAAUCGGGAAAUUGUCAAAGCUUGAAACUUUGGAUCUGAGUAGUAACAAAAUCACUUCUUUCCCCUCUGAUUUCUGGAGUUUGGGUACACUCAAGAAUCUAAAUCUUUCCUUUAACCAAUUUUCUGGAAAUCUCCCAAGUAACAUGGGCAAUUUUGGUCACCUCCAAAUUCUCGACCUCUCUUUCAACAAUUUCUCUGGGAGUAUCCCUGAAGCAAUAAGCUCUCUUGUCAGUUUGGAAGUUCUUAAUCUCAGUCAGAAUGGAUUUGAGUCAACCAUUCCUUUGGGGAUCUCACAAUGCAAGUCCUUGGUUUCCAUUGAUCUUUCCGUAAACAGGCUCAACGGCUCUCUUCCUCGAGAUUUUGGUGCUGCAUUGGCGAAGCUGGAAUUUUUGAACCUGGCUAAUAAUGAGAUCGAGGGCCGGGAUACAGAUUUUUCGAGGAUGAAAUUGAUCAGAUAUCUUAAUAUUUCCGGCAAUCUGUUCAAUGGUUCAGUUGCUGGUGUCUUUGAAGGGCCUUUGAAGGUGAUUGAUUUGAGCAGAAACCAAUUUCAAGGCCACAUUGCUGAGGUAAAUUUCAGUUCCACCUUCAAUUGGUCCAAGUUGGUUUAUUUGAAUUUAUGUGAGAAUCAGCUUAGUGGAGAGUUUUUCAGUGGCUUGAAUUAUGCUCAUAAUAUCAAAUACCUUAAUCUUGCACAAAACAGAUUCACCAGACAACAUUUUUUGUCAAUUAAUAUGCUCUCCAAUUUAGAGUAUCUAAAUCUAUCUAGUACUAAUUUGAUUGGUGAAAUUCCGAGUAAUAUCUCAUAUUUGAGUAGUUUGACAACACUCGAUCUUUCAAAAAACCAUUUGAGCAACCGUAUUCCUCCCUUUGGUACCAAGAACCUUCAAGUUCUUGAUGUUUCUCACAACAAUCUAAGCGGAGACAUCCCAUUGAUGCUUUUAGAAGGACUCCGAGAGAUGGAGAGGUUUAAUUUCUCUUAUAACAACCUAAGCUUUUGUGGUUCACAAAUUCCCUCAGAAACCCUCCAAUUCGCUUUCAUCGGGUCGGUGAACAGCUGCCCUAUUGCUGCAAACCCUGCCUUCUUUAAAAUAAAAUCUCAGAAGCAUAGAGGACUAAAGCUUGCCCUCGCUCUAACCCUCUCAAUGGUUUGUCUACUUGUGGGUUUGCUCUUUUUAGCCUUUGGAUGUCGAAGAAAAACCAGAAAUUGGGCAGUGAAACAGAAUUCAUUUAGAGAAGAACAAACUAUCUCAGGACCCUUCUCGUUCCAGACUGAUUCAACCACUUGGGUAGCUGAUGUUAAGCAAGCAACGUCUGUCCCAGUUGUAAUCUUUGAAAAGCCAUUGCUUAAUUUUACAUUUGCAGACCUCUUGUCUGCAACUUGUCAUUUUGAUCGUGGCUCAUUGUUGGCAGAAGGGAGGUUUGGUCCAGUUUAUGGUGGACUAUUACCGGGAGGAGUUCAUGUGGCUGUUAAAGUUCUAGUCCAUGGUUCGACUACGACUGAUCAUGAAGCUGCUAGAGAGCUUGAGUAUCUUGGUCGGAUAAAACAUCCUAAUCUUGUUCCUCUAACUGGGUAUUGCUUGGCUGGAGAGCAGAGGAUUGUGAUUUAUGAAUUCAUGGAAAAUGGAAAUCUGCAGAACUUGCUUUACGAUUUGCCACUUGGUGUUCAAGCUACAGAAGACUGGACCACUGAUACGUGGGAAGAAGAUGAAAAUAACGGGAUACAAAAUGUUGGGACAAAAGGAUCACUAAUAACUUGGAGAUUUAGGCACAAAAUUGCACUUGGCACAGCUCGUGCAAUGGCAUUUCUUCAUCAUGGCUGCUCACCUCCAAUUAUACACAAAGAUGUCAAAGCAAGCAGUGUUUAUCUCGACUCAAACUUGGAACCACGAUUGUCAGACUUUGGAUUGGCUAGAAUCUUUGGGAAUGAGCCUGACAACGAGAUAGCAAGUGGUUGGCCAGGGUAUUUGCCACCAGAGUUUCUACAGCCAGAAAUCAGCUCUCCAAAGUCUCCGACUCCAAAAUCUGAUGUUUAUGGAUUUGGAGUAAUUCUUUUUGAACUAAUUACUGGGAAAAGGCCUGUUGAAGAUGAUUAUCCAGAUGAAAAUGAAGCAUCUUUAGUAAGUUGGGUGAGAGGUUUAGUAAGGAGGAAUCAUGCAUCACGAGCUAUUGAUCCCAAAAUACGCGGAACAGGACCAGAUGAACAAAUAGUCGAGGCUUUGAAGAUUGGGUAUCUAUGCACAGCUGAAAUUCCUUCAAAGCGGCCAAGUAUGCAACAGGUAGUUGGACUUCUGAAGGAUCUUGAACCAAUCACACAAAAAUGA